CAUAAGAAAAAAAUAUUAGUAGUUUUUCACAAAUUCUACUAUUUUUUCGACGAUUUAAAUUGAAAAACAAUCCUAGAAAGUAAAUGAGAUUCAAAGAAAAAUAAAUACGAGUAAGAAAAAUUGGUAAUUUUAGAUAUCGUUUUCAUGAAAUAGGUCUGAAAUUCUUUAAAACUUUAAUUAAUUGCAAAAUUAGAAUAAAAUUCAUGCUAAAUUCCCCUAUUCUAGACUAUAAAUGAACUAUUUAUUUAUCUAUAAUGUCGUAAAUGUGCAAUUUAGAUAGUUUGCAUUGUUUUCCUUUUACAGUUGGAGGUGGAUCAGCGGGAGCAGUUAUCGCUAAUCGUCUUUCUACAGAUCCUAGGAAUAAAGUAUUACUGUUAGAAGCAGGAAGCAAUGAAAACUUAAUCACAGAUAUUCCAUUUAUUGCUGUCGGGUUGCAAUUAUCUCCAGUUGAUUGGGGCUACAUGACAGAACCUCAGAAAUAUUCAUGUUUCGGUUUAGAAGGAAGGCGUUCGAAAUGGCCGAGAGGAAAAGUUUUGGGAGGAUGCAGUGUACUGAAUUAUAUGCUUUACGUUAGAGGAAAUCGUCGCGAUUAUGACAAUUGGGCUAGGAAGGGAGCUUAUGGAUGGGGAUGGAGAGACGUCUUUCCCUAUUUUCUAAAAUCUGAAGAUAAUCUAGAUCCGGAUAUGCUUGAUAAUGGUUUCCACAGCUCGGGAGGUUAUCUAACAGUUUCUUCUCCUAUAUAUUCCACUCCUUUAAUGGAUUCGUUUUUAGAAUCGGGGAAGAUUUUCGGAUAUCCCAAUGUAGAUAUCAAUAGUAAGAGACAAACAGGUUUCUCUUUCCCACAAACCACAACUAGGAAAGGGAAGCGAUGCAGCACUAACAAGGCUUUCUUGAAACCAGUGAAAUAUCGUUCCAAUCUAUUAAUUUUGCUGUUUUCAUAUGUUACAAAAAUCUUAUUUGAUAAGUACAAAAGAGCUAGAGCCGUUCAAUUCGAUCGUUUUAACAAAACUUAUAUUGUGUAUGCCAGAAAAGAGAUUAUUUUAUCUGCGGGUGCUAUAAAUUCACCAGUAUUAUUAAUGUUGUCGGGAAUUGGUCCUGGAAAAGAUUUAGAGAAAUUUGGGAUUCCGGUCAUAUCAGAUCUGGCAGUCGGUUACAACCUCCAAGAUCAUAUUUAUCCACUUGGAUUGAGUUUUUUGCUGGAGAAACCUGUCUCUAACGUUUUUUAUCGUAUGUUCAAUGCAGUUAAUGGAGUGCGAUUUUUUGUUUCUGGAAAAGGACCCUGGACUAUACCCGGUGGAGUUGAAGGUUUAGCUUUUAUUAAUACACGUUAUGCUAAUAUUUCGGACGAUUAUCCUGAUAUACAAAUACAUUUUGCAUCGGGAAGCAUGUCUUCUGACGGUGGCGAUUUUCAUAUGCCGGCUGGCGGGAUAAGUAAAGCAACAUGGAAUUCCUUUUAUGGACCACUUUCUAAUCGUGAUACAUUUUCCAUGUUGCCAGUAUUACUUCGACCCAAGAGUCGUGGUUACAUAAAGUUAAGAAGUGCAAAUCCUUACGAUCACCCAAUUAUAGAUCCAAAUUAUCUAUCGCAUCCACAUGAUAUUAUGGUCAUGGUAGAUGGGAUGAAGAAGAGUGUGUUGCUAGGAGAAUCUGAAGCAUUUAAAAAAUACGGAGCACGCCUUUUUCCUACUAAGGUACCUGAAUGCCAAAGAUAUCAAAAAUUAAGCGAUCAACACUUGGAAUGUCUUGCUAGAACACUAACUACGACUAUUUAUCAUCCUGUUGGUACUUGCAAAAUGGGCGCUCCAGAUGAUCCAACAACAGUUGUCGAUCCCGAAUUAAGAGUGAAAGGUGUAUCUGGAUUAAGGGUAGUCGAUGCUUCUGUUAUGCCUGAAAUCAUCUCAGGGAACACAAAUGCUCCAACGAUAAUGAUAGCAGAGAAGGCUGCUGAUAUGAUCUUAGGAUACAAAACAUAUCUACAUAAUGAAACGUGAUAUAACUUAGUUUAAUUUUAAUUAUCAUUUUCAUAUGUAUAUUAUUCUCAUAAUUUAAACUGUAAAUUAAAAGAAAUAAUUGUACAUAU